GGUUUGUUAAACAACGCUUUAAAAACACAAAGGGGCAUAAAAGCACAUAAGCUUUUUCUGUACUUUGAAAAUUACAGAUUGACCAUAUGUCAUCCGAGGGAGGGGGGCUGUAUCAAAGCAACCACACUUACCUAAUAUGUAAUUAUGACCUAGAUGUGUAUACAUGUCCGUAAUUCUAUCAAUCACUUAAGUUGUUUUAUUGCUGUAUUUAUUGCGUCAUAUGAUUAAUUGGUGUACUGACCAUACUCACCAACACAAUACAAUAACCUUUGACUUCUUCUAGAUGGUUAUUUAAUGUAAAACACUUGGGUUUUUAAUGAAUAACCAAAGGUCGCCGUUUCUAACCUUUAUCUUUUAGGAGGGCCCAUGCGCGUGAAAUAAGAGUAAACAUUGUGUGAGUAACGCCGACAAACGUGUAAUGAUUAUUGCAACAAGAAACACUUCACAGACCAUCGUCUCGUGACUUUGUUCAUUUGCGUUUGUUCUCGGUUUUUCGACUUUGACCGUUCUACCAAGCUAGAUUUUACUGAGUCGCCAUCUUUGACGCGAAGUAGAGGGCAAAGAAAGCCAGACUGUUGUCACCUUUGUGUCUGUAUCGCCAAGGAGUAGCCUGCUGUACAUUUGAGGGUAUUGCGAGAAACCAGCUCCCAUUGGUUGGCAUUGACUCGCGAUGCGUUGUCUUUGAGGUACGUCGUCUUUGUGGCAGAAAAUAUGUUCGGGAACUCGAAAUUCAAGCUCCCGGGGCUCGGAAGCCACAGAACCAGCAGGGAGAAUAAGGAGGACGCCAAACCAACCGCACAGAUGACUGGUUACGUCACCAUCACGGAUCUUAAAGACGAGAAUCAGAACCUUAAAGAACAACUGGCACAGCUGAAGCAAGACAUCGACAACGUCAAGAAAGAAUCCGAGGAGGAAAAGACGGGUCUGAAGAGGAAACUGUCAGAGAAAAAUGCAGAAAUCGAAGAGCUGCGAAAGGAGGUGGCGAAGCUACAGUCGGUAUUACAGCCCUUAAUGCCGACAUCGAGGAAGAAGCUGAAGAAGAUCGCUGUGUCUGGCGUGCCGAUCAACGAGGCUGAGGUCUCCAAGUCUGACCUGCCAAGAAAGCCCAAACAGUCUGGUGUCAGGGCGAUGAUCAAGGCGGCCAUCUUGAAUAAUGACUUUCUGAAGUAUCUGGAGGAGGAUCAGAUCGACACCAUAGUGGACUGUAUGUACAAGAAGGAGGUUCCCGCUGGGACUAAGGUCAUCACUGAGGGGGAGAUGGGGCUCCACCUGUACGUCACAGAAGAGGGUGAGCUUCAGGUGUCUAAGGAAGGUAAGAUCCUGAGGAACAUGGGCAGACAGACGCUGUUUGGAGAACUGGCGCUGCUGUACGACUGUGAGCGUACUGCAACCGUGCAAGCACUGACGCCUGCACGACUGUGGACAAUAGACAGGAGGAUUUUCCAGCUCAUCAUGAUGAAAACAACCAAAACCAAACUAGAAGCAUACGUCUCGUUUCUCAAGAGCGUCCCACUGCUGCAGACCGCGUCAGAACAAAACCUUGUGCGGAUCGCGGAAUGUUUGGAGGAGGAAACGUACGAACAGGGACAGUACAUUGUACGGCAGGGGGAGGUAGGAGAUUGCUUCUUCAUCAUCAUGGACGGCGAGGUUCGUGUGACUGAGAAAGUUGGAAACAGAAUCCAGGAAAAACGGAAGCUCAACCGAGGAGACUACUUUGGGGAAAAAGCACUUGAUGGCCAAGGGGAUGUGAGGACUGCGAGCUGCAUAGCGGAGACUCCCAUUGUCAAGUGCCUACUGUUGGACAGGGGACCUUUCAUGAAGCUGAUAGGGUCUCUGCAGGAAAUGAAAGAAGCUCUCGCCAGACGGCCUGGUUCGCUACCACGACCUCAGUCAGAGUACACCGACGAAGAGAUAUUGCUGAAAGAUCUCGAAACCAUCGCAACUCUGGGAGUCGGUGGCUUUGGGCGUGUCAAAUUGGUCCGCUGGAAGGACAAGUCUUUCGCCCUGAAGUGCCUAAAGAAGCGCCACAUCGUCAACACCAAACAGCAGAAGCAUGUGGCCUCGGAGAAGAAAAUCAUGAUGGCGGCCAACUCGCCCUUCAUCAUCAAACUGCAUCGCACAUUCAAGGACAACAAAUAUGUGUACAUGCUGAUGGACGCGUGCUUGGGAGGCGAGCUUUGGAGCGUGUUGAGGGACGAACAGUCGUUCCCUGACGCCACGGCUCGGUUCUGCACGGCGUGUGUGAUCGAGGCUCUGUCCUACCUACACAACAUGGGGAUCGUCUACCGGGAUCUCAAGCCGGAGAACCUCCUCAUCGACCAGAAGGGCUACGUCAAACUGUGUGAUUUCGGAUUUGCCAAGCAGAUCGGCUAUGAGCGCAAGACGUGGACGUUUUGCGGCACUCCAGAGUACGUCGCACCGGAAAUCAUCCUCAACAAAGGUCACGACCUUUCCACUGACAUCUGGUCCAUCGGGAUCCUCAUGUACGAGCUGCUGACUGGGAUGCCUCCGUUUUCUGCAACUGACCCCAUGAAGACCUACAACCUGAUUCUGAAGGGCAUCGACAGCAUCGACUUUCCCAGGAAGGUCGGCAAGAUGGCGAAGGACCUCAUCAGACGACUCUGCAGAGAGAACACUGCUGAGAGACUGGGCAACCAGUCAAACGGCAUCGCAGACAUCAGGAGACACAAAUGGUUCCAUGGGUUUGACUGGGAAGGUCUGAACAACAUGACGAUGUCACCUCCGGGUCCGCUGAAGAGGAAGAUUAAUGGUCCAUUUGAUGCGUCCAACUUUGAUCCGUACCCGGAUGACAAUGAGAAUCCCCCAGACGAACUGUCUGGCUGGGACGUUGACUUUUAAGUCCCGUUGUCUCGUCCAGCCAAUUAAGGCACAGGAAGAUGCCUUCCGGUACAUCUUCCCAGUCAGAUCUACCGUUAGGACGCCUGUAAUCAAAUAGAUCAGUUACCUUCCAAUCAUUGCAAGAGUCAGGCUCAAUCAGAUGAGAGUAAAAAGGAGACGACCUAAUUUUCCCCAGAUAUCGUUUAGAAAGAAUCAGAGAUGCACCCUGUAGUUUUGAUGAUUACCAGUGGCAAUUUAGGUCAAUCUCGUCACACUCUUUGACCCAUUGCCCACGUCAUUGCUUCGGUAAGGUGACGUGUCCUGAACAACUGGGGUCAGUCUUCCUAAAGUAGAGCAAAGAUACAUUCUGCUCUAUAGUCAACAGAUAGAAAGCUUAAAGUUUACAAAACAUUUUAUUAGGCUUUAAUCGACGAUGUAAUAUUGCUAUUGUCAACGAUAAUUAAGGCUUAAUGACCCGCCUUGAGGUUUCUACGGUAUUACAUAACGAAUGACCAGUGAGCUGUCACCACUAAACUACUGAGCAAGCAAAGCAUGAUGGCUGUUAAGCUGAUAGAAAUGAGGAAUGUAAUUGCUCAACAAUCCACGGCCCACCAUUUCGAACUUCAAUUGAAAUAUAUGGUAAACAUCUAAAAAGUGAGCUGUCAAAUAUCACCUUCAGUUUUGUAACUAUUGCAAACUCACAUUGAUAGGGUAGCUUGGCCUCCAAAUUUUUCAUUUAGCCCCAAAUUCUUCUUUUUUAAACAGGCACAAACUCAUUGUAGGCCAGUGUUUUUUUUCCAAGGAAAUAAAAAGAAAGAAAACCUUUCAGCUACAAAAUGUCAGUAAUUAGCAAAAUAUGCCAAAAAAGGCUGUUUAUUGUUGGUUUGGAUGCUCUCACCAACGGCUGCUCAAAAUGGGCCUUCUGCGCCUGCACGUAAUGGUGAUCAAUGCCAAAGACAGCCUGGCAAAAUAAUUCUAUGAACUAAACUCUCUACUUAGGCAACAUUUAAUCAUUGUCUUAGUUAAUGCCAUUGACAUCAAACUCUGGUUGGAAUAUAUUUAAUACUAAGAUGUUGAUAUUUAGUUUUUAUUUCAUCUAAUCAAAAUAACGACUUCCAAGAAAGACUGGUAUCACACGAUGUAAUAAUUAUCACAACGAUGCUACUGCAUAAACAGUAGUUUUGACAGUCUUUGUAUCAUAUAGCUCUGUAUAAGUUUCUUGACAACUUUACUCUAUCUAACAAUGUACAGAAACUGAAUAUAUCUUACAAAUCAAAAAUUUGCUGAACAAAAGGCAACUUUGCUUCAAACUAUCGAAUGAAUGUACGUAUCAGUAAUGAUAUGUUUUCACAAUCUCAGGCAGAGGGUUCAGUCAGCUACUAACAGCAAAGAUUGUUCAACACAGGCUAAUCUGUAUUGCUAAACAUCACAGGAUUACGAGGCACUAGCGGCUAGUCCCUGUUCCCUGUUCUACAUUAUACACGUAAGGUCACUAAAGGUAUAACUUCAAAUAGUCUGGACUUCAUUCUGUACGACUUGACUUUAUAAUUGUUUUAUUAAAGUUGGAAUCUUGGAAUGUUCCUUUUUAAUAUUUCCGAAUGACUACGAUUUCUUUGUCCAUCUUGGAUAGAUUUACUGAAACAACAGGCUUACAGACACUUGUCAAGGACACUUGUCAAUCACAACAUUGAUAAGGUCAUUAUCAUAUAAGAGUUGUUGUUUUGACAUUGUAUGUGGAAUAAAAGUAGUGGGGGUCCUUUUGAAUAAUCCAAAUAAAACCAUACUUCUCGAUA